AUGUCACCUGCACUGGACCCCGCGACGGGUGAAACCGGCCCCAAGGCAUCGCGUGCGCAAGCCAUAGAGAUCAACUCGACCCCGGACUUCGGACGUCCCAGGCGGACUACUGCCCAGAGCGAUAUCCAGGACACCAUCCAGCACCCGGGCAGCGUGCGCAUCAAUGUUCAGGGCGCUUUCAUAGUCGACGAGGAGCAGCCGGAUACCCCGAAGAGCGAAGACUACGAGCACGAUCCCCACGACAUUCGCCUGCCCAACCACACGGCCGUCGUGAGCCAUGUAGCCGUUGAUAUUGGAGGCUCUCUUGCCAAACUCGUAUACUUUUCGCGCGAACCAGGCGACGAUGCGGCGGGCGGACGGUUGAACUUUUUCAAGUUUGAGACGGAUCGCAUCGACGCAUGUAUAGAAUUUAUGCGCAAGCUCAAGGACGACCAGAAACAACACAAUGAUUCCAAGUCGCAGGAUCUGUGCAUCAUGGCCACGGGGGGAGGCGCAUUUAAGUACCAUGAAAAGAUUACACAGGCGCUAGAUGUCGAGGUCAUACGAGAAGACGAAAUGGAGUGCUUGAUCAUAGGCCUCGAUUUCUUUAUCAACGAGAUACCCGAUGAAGUCUUCACCUACAGCGAAGACAGCCCUAUGGAGUUCGUGCCACACCCUCCAGACCCACCAAACAUCUACCCCUACCUCCUCGUAAACAUCGGCUCCGGCGUCUCCAUGAUCAAAGUCUCAGGCCCACGACAGUUCGAGCGCAUAGGCGGAACAUCACUAGGCGGUGGCACACUCUGGGGCCUCUUGUCUCUCCUCACAGGCGCCCGCAGCUUCGACGACAUGCUCCGGCUCGCCGAAAACGGCGACAACUCCUCCGUCGACCUCCUCGUCGGCGACAUCUACGGCCAAGCCUACAACAAAAUCGGCCUCAAAAGCACACACAUCGCCUCCUCCUUCGGCAAAGUCUACAAGAUGAAGCGCGCAGCAGAGCGCGAAGCAGAAGACGGCUGCAACGGCGACCUCAAGCGCAGAGAAGAAGCAGAACACGUCCAGGGCUCCGCUGAGCUCCCUCACACCCACGGAGCCUUCCGUCCAGAAGACAUGGCGCGCUCGCUCCUCUACGCCGUCUCAAACAACAUUGGCCAAAUCGCUCAUCUCCACGCAGAAAAACAUGGUCUACCGCGUAUCUACUUUGGUGGCUCCUUCAUCGGCGGCCACUCACAAACUAUGAACACACUAUCCUACGCCAUUCGCUUCUGGUCCAAAGACACUCGCCAAGCCUAUUUCCUGCGACACGAGGGAUAUCUCGGUGCCGUCGGUGCAUUUUUGAAGCGCCAACCUAGGAAUUGGGGGAGAAGGGAAAGCUUUGCGGGGCCCGCGAGACCGACUUGA